AUGCCGGCGUCCACGCCCAAGGGCUUCGGGUCGUCCUCCGCCGCGAGGACGCCAUCCAGCGCGUCCUCCUCCUCCUCCUCGAAGACGACCACGCCGAAGCCCACGACCGCGAACGCGCUCGCGCUCGUCGGGAAAGAGAACCACCUCUCUGUCGUCGGCGCGCGAGAUGCCGCGGUCGUCUCGCGCGAUAAAGCGACGCUCAAGGAGCACCGCGGCGCGCUCGAGGACGAGACCAGGGAGUUCCUGACGCGCGAGGUGAACCGCCUGACGCACGAGCUGCACGUCGCGCGCGCGGAGAAGGAUUGCGUGGGCAGAGCCGCCGCCGCCGCGGUCGCCGCCGUCGCAAACUCCGUCUCCGUGGACGCGCACGACAGAGUGCGCCUGGACCUCGACGAAGCGCGCGCCGCGCUCGACGCGAUGCGCAUCGCCGCCGCCGCCGCGGACGCGCGGCACGAGCUCCUGACGCAAGAUCUGCGCGCGCGGCUCGACGUCGAGCGCGAGCGAAGAGAGGCGAUGGUUCGAGAGGCGAUGGACCUGGCGAAGGAGGAGGAGGACGCGAGACGGAUAGAAAACGACGAGUGGCUCUUGCGCGCGAUCGAAGAAAAGCACGAGCUCGCGACGACGCUGGAGAGGGAGCGAUCCGCGCUCGCAUCGCGCGUGGACGAGCUCGAGCGCGUCGUCGUCGAGGGCGAGGCGUGCCUGCGCGACGCCGCGAGCGAGAAGGAGGCGGUGAAGCGAAAGUACAAGAGGCACGCGGCGACGGAGACGAGCGGCCGCCUCGCCGCGGAGGCCUCCGCCGCCGCGGCGAGAGCCGAGGCGAACUCGUUGCGGGUCGUCUUGGAGAAGUUCGCCGCCGCGGGCGCGAACGUGGAGUGGCCGGACGUGCGGGUCGUCGAGACGGUGGACUGCGCGGCGUCGCCGGUCCCGGCGUCGUUGUUCGCGCCGUUCGCCGAGCGGCUGUUCGACGUCGCCGAGGAGGAGGAUGCAUACCCCCGCGGAGACGCUCCUCCGCGUGGAUCUUUCCACGCGGAGGAGGAGGAGGAGGAGGACGCGACGACGACGACGGAGUGCGCGUCCGCGGCGGUCCCGGCGACGCCCGCGACGCCUGGCUUCAAAAAGUUCGCGUCCAUGGAGCGCGACGACAGCGCGAUGACGAGCGGCGAGCGCGAUUCUCGCGGCGGCGGCGGCGGCGUCGGCGGCGUCGGCGGCGUCGCGUCCGUGUCGAGUAAGUUGGCGCGUCUGUCCACGUCUUCGUUCGCGCUGGAGUACACCCCUCCCUGCAAGGUCGCCGGCGAUGCAUACCGCGGCGACCGCGCUCUCGCGCUCGGGACGGCCUUCGCGGACGACGAGACGACGACGGCGCUGGCGGCCGCGACGAUUUCGCAGGCGCUCGCCGUCGUCGCCGAACGCGCGCCGAAAACGCGGGACGACUGGAGACGCGUCUGCGGGUGGAGCUGCGUCGUUCUCUUCUGCGUCGUCCUCGCGCUCGCGACGUACGAGGCGUACCUGCGCGCGUUCGGGGGGUACGGGGAGAUGCGCGCGGUGCCGAUGCGCAUGGGCGGGGUCCCGCCGGGGAUGAGGUACAUACGCGUCUAG